GAACGAACAAAACAUUUGUUUGUUAUCAGAGGACCUCUCUCCCAAGGUCUCCCUUGGCUCUGGCUGUAGGGCUUCUGACCAGAACGCCUCUCAGAAAAAGAUCAGCCUCCCUACGGCUUCACUAGAACAGACCACUACGACCAGAAAACACCACUCAAACAGACUCUUAACCAAGACCAAUCUUCUCCCAGCCCUCACCUGAACAUCAGCGGAGCCCAGGAGACACUAAAGGCCUCAGUUCACAAACACUGUACAAACCAUUCCACCUGGAAAGAGAAGAUGACAAAGAGGAUGGUCUUGUUGAUGAUGCUGUGCUUUAGUCUUGGCUGGUUCGUGUCACACGCAGAAGGCACGCUUGUUGGAUCUCAUUUCUGCUCAUUCAAUGGUUCGACUUGUAAUUUCUUCUGUCUUGGCAAUAAUGUCCAUGAGAUGCCAAGACAUAUACCGGAAAACACGACUUUUGUGGAGAUCAAGCUGACAGAGAUCAGAGUGUUUCACCGAGCAGCCCUGUCUGAACUACAUGAGCUGAAGAGAAUAGUGGUGUCGGAGAAUGGUGCUCUUGAGCGAAUUGAACCCUUUGCUUUCUCUAACCUGACAGAGCUACAGGAAAUAACUAUUACAAAAUCAAAAAACCUCGUGACGCUCAAAGAUGCCUUCUGGAGACUUCCAAAGCUACGGUAUCUGACUAUAUCAAACACUGGUCUUAAAGCCCUGCCUGAUUUCUCCAAGAUCAACUCCGCCGCUCUUGAAUUUCUUUUUGAUCUACAAGAUAACAUUCACAUAGAUAAGAUUCCUCGUAAUGCUUUCCUCGGAUUGACCAGUGCCACCAUAACUGAGCUGAGACUAACAAAGAAUGGGAUCCGUGCGUUAGAGAGCUAUGCAUUCAAUGGUACCAGAAUUGAAAAACUCUUUCUCAUGGGAAACCAGCAGCUGAGUCAUAUCGACAGAUAUGCCUUUAAAGGAGCUGAAGGCCCCAUCGUUCUGGACAUCUCACAUACAGCUGUCCACACCCUGCCAGAAAACAUGCUGAGGACUCUUAAGCUUCUGACGGCCAUCUCUGUCUACUCUCUAAAGAAACUUCCCAGCCUGGAGCUGUUUACUGAGCUCACGCAGGCCAACCUGACCUACCCCAGCCACUGCUGUGCCUUCAAAAACUUCACUAAAAACAAGUCUGUAUACAAUCAAAUGUGUAACAAUUCUGGUGCCCCAUUCCUAGAGCCAUACUUUUUUGAAGACCACUGUAAGAAUGUAAUAAAAGUGACCUGCUACCCCACACCAGACGCGUUCAACCCCUGUGAGGACAUCAUGGGUUUUACAUUCCUGCGGGUUCUAAUCUGGUUCAUCAGUAUAUUGGCCAUCGUGGGCAACUGUGCUGUCCUCCUGGUGCUCCUUUCAAGCCGCUACAAACUGACUGUUCCUAGGUUUUUAAUGUGCCACCUGGCAUUUGCAGAUCUUUGCAUGGGCAUUUACCUGUUGAUCAUCGCUUCAAAGGACAUUGACACACAGUCCCGCUACUACAACUAUGGCAUCGACUGGCAGACGGGAGCCGGGUGCCAUGUGGCAGGCUUCUUCACGGUCUUCUCCAGCGAGCUGUCUGUUUACACUCUGACUGCCAUUACUCUGGAGCGCUGGCACACCAUCACUUACGCCAUGCAGCGGGAACGCCAGAUGCGCCUGCGCCAUGCCUGCGCUAUAAUGGCAGUUGGGUGGCUGUUCGCCCUGCUUACUGCUCUGAUGCCUGUUUUUGGAGUGAGUAGCUACAAGAAGACCAGCAUCUGCCUGCCAAUGGAUGUAGAGACGGUGAUUUCACAAGGUUACGUGGUGCUGUUGCUUAUUCUCAAUGUAGCUGCUUUUCUAAUCGUAUGUGUCUGUUAUAUGCGCAUCUACCUUACCGUCCACAAUCCCACCUUCGUUCCUGCCAACGCAGACAUGCGUAUAGCAAAGCGCAUGGCUGUGCUCAUCUUCACUGACUUCCUGUGCAUGGCUCCCAUCUCGUUUUUUGCCAUCUCCGCAGCCUUAAAACUACCGCUAAUCACCGUUUCUCACGCCAAAGUCCUGCUAGUGCUUUUUUACCCCAUAAAUUCCUGCUCGAACCCGUUUCUCUACGCCUUCUUCACCAAAACCUUCAAGAGGGAUUUCUUCAUUCUGACUAGCCAGUUCGGCUGCUUUAAAACACGUGCGCACAUUUACCGCACAGAGAUCUCUUCAGGGCAAAACGGAGCCAAGGUGCCUUCACCAAAGACUAGUGAUGGGACACUGUAUUCCCUUGGUCAAAUCGCCCAAGUGUACUGACCACGUAUCAGUCCACCAAAAUAUGCUGCUUGGACGUUGAAAUGAGGAUAAAUAGGGAAAAACAUGGAAUCUGGAUAUGAAAUUCUUGAAGGUUUCUAUGGUGUGGAAUAGGGUAAAGGCAUCUCAUAUCGAUAGUGCUUGACUUCUCAGGUCAAACGAUUCAGAUGUCUUUAGAAGUAAUUCGACCAUUUACAAGAUGCUGCUUGAUUGGCCUUUGAUAUCCUGAUAUCACCGUAUUCUUGAUGUCCAGCAUGCAUUAAUGCGCCAAAAUUGAGAUUAGGUGAUAUCUUUACUAUGAAUAAUCUAGAUCUCUACAUCUUUUAACAAGGAUGCAUGCACCAUUAUUAGGCAUGCAGCAAAUGAAUUAAUACUUCUGAAGCGUUCUUGUGAAAAAGGUAUUACAUUUAAAGGUAUAGUUAGUAUAAUGAAAAUUUUGUCAUCAUUAACUCAUUCAAACUUGUAUGUGUUUUCUUUUGUGUAAAACAAUGUACUUAUUUUUUUUUUUUCUGGUCCAUACAAUGAAAGUCGAUGGGAUCCAGUGUUGUUUUGUAUUAAACUGACCUUCAUUAUAAUGGACAAAGACAACUGAAACACUCUUCAGAGUAACUUUUGAGAUUA